UCAGUUUUCUUACAGCAAAUUUAAGACAAGUUUUUCAGCGAAAGAAAAAAAAGAAGGCGAAAAUGCAGUCUAUCAAGGAAGCCGCGGCCAACGUUGCUGCCUCAGCCAAUUCUGGCAUGGAGAAGACGAAGGCCAUCACGGAAGAGAAGAUGGAGAAGGCGAGGGCACAUGACCCGAUUCAGAAGGAUAUGGCAACUCAAAAGAAGGAAGGGCGGAUCGCCGAGGCUGAGCAGCACAAGCGUGAGGCCAUGUAUCACAACGCUGCCGCUAGACAUGGAGCAGCUCCGACUGGAUCCACCGGCUACGGUACUGGCCCUACGAAUUACAGCACUCCCGGUGCUGGAACAGCCACGCAUUCAACCACCGGGGCUGCAGGGCAGCACACCGGGUUCAAUCAGAUGUCGGCACUGCCAGGACAUGGAACCGGAGAGCCAACUGGUCAGGUGUUGGAGGGUGUUGCCACUGCACAUCCAGUCGGAACUAACACCGGCACAGGGAGGACUACGGCACAUAACACUCAUGUGGGUGGUGGUAAUGCCCCUGGGUAUGGAACUGGCGGGACUUAUAAUUAGACUUGUGAACCUUAUUGUGUUUCAUCGCAUGGAUCGAGUUAUAGACAAGAACCCUUUUUUUUUUAAGGUCAAUAUCCAUGUCAUGUGUGAUCUGUGAUUUCAAGAUUCCUUUGUUUUUUGUUUUUGGGUUUCUAAGGACGGGUUUGAUGCACAGCUCGUGCGUGUAGUAUAUUUAUGUUCUUGUAAUUACAAGUUGUUAAGUGAAGUAAUGGAAUAAGAUUGUUACUUAA